AAGACCGCGCGCGAGAACUAAGAAACCAGGUGCAAGAACUAACGGAAAAGUAUAACGUAUCUGCUGUUUUUGAUGAAAGUGAGUCAGGGUCAUCGGACAUGGAAUCUAAGUGGUGUGCCGAACGUGGAAAAGAGGGUUGUUGUAGUAAAAAUUGUUCGAUGAAAAACAGCUCUAUCAGGAAGGUACCCCGACCCACCAAGGCACAAUUCAGCAGUGAUGAAGGGGAUAGCGAAAGUGAAGAAGAGCGCUGUCAAUAUAGGCGCCACUGGGUAUUCGGAAAAAGCGAGAACAGAAAAGGGAAGGUCGUGCCGGAGUCGAAGAUGAUGAGGAAGGGCUAUCCGAGAAUCAGGAUGAAUUCUCCAGCCCCAGAAUCUGGGUGCGACGAUGAUGACAUACCUUCACUUGAAAUAAAUGGUUGUGUUAGUAAACGAAGAUCCAGCAUGGAAGGUCGAGUAAAAGAUCUAGUCUCGAAUGGUGAUGAGACCGAAAGCAAUAGUGAAAGUGUAGAAGAAGGUCGCCAAGUUAAACGCUUGGGCUUUUUCGGAAAAGAUAUGGGCACGAAAGGAAAGAUCGCGCCAAAGCCGAGACCGAUACAGGAGGGUUAUCCGAGAAUUAAUUUGAAGCCCGAGCCCCGAAAGUUGAAACGUGAUAAUGAUGACACAUUCCCACUAAAAGGAACUACGAGCGCAGUUGCUGUUAAAGAGCGGAUAAUUGCCGCAGAAGACCUCGAUGUACGUUUGAUCCAAAGAGAAGAGCUGACGAUGUCACGUGAUGAUGCUCGGGAAAAGAUAGUUGGGGAAGAAGUCGAGAAAGUUGAAUCAGACAGUGAAACUGGGAAAAAACAAAAUGAGCAAAUCGAAACAAUGAUAGCGGAAGGAUUGGAUAUUUCAAUAACAAGUAAGAAAUUACCGGCGACACCAACAAUGUGGAAGCAUCAAGACAAGAUCGAUAAGAUUAGAAUUGAUCCCGGAAUAGGAAAAGAAUCAGCAGGAAAGCUCCCGGAAGAUAAACAAAGUACCCUUACGGACACUCAAGACGUACAAGAAACCAUCAGCAAAAGAAUGGCAUCAAUAACGACGAAGUGGGCAUACAAGGGCACAGUUAAGCUUUGCAGCAUCUUCACGUCAUGGCAACAUGCGAUAAAUGCAACAAAUGUGAGAAGGAUGACAACAGCUUAUUCUAGCAAUGUAUCCGCAGCGGAGAAGUUUUAUGCGACAUGGACAUUUAAGGCCCGAUUAAUCCAACUCGUACCGAACCACUCUAUAUUUGACAUACAUAUUGAAUACCAGGACGUUGUGGACGAUACAGCCAAGAAGAAACGGAUAGUCUGGGAAUCUAAUAUGCGAACAGCUCGACCCACAUUGAAUGUCAUCGGAGAAGCUGCGAUACGUGACCACGAGGAACCAAGAUCCGCUUUGCCCAUCAGACCACAAGUCAAGGAGUUGAUGACACCCAUGGCUAUUAAAUAUUAUCCCAGAACUAAGAGGAGGUACCGGAAUAGUAAACGAAGAGUUAGGAGGGUAAUCACCAUCGUGUCACGAAAACGAAAAGUGUAUAGGACUUACCAUCAUCGCGUUAUAACAUCCAUCAGAGCAAAAUCCAAGUCAAUUCAGCAUAAUUCUAUUCACCAGUCAUAUCUACCUCGGAAACCAGAAACAGCUAUAAAGAGGUGGGAGAACCGUACGUUUCGCCAGGAAAUCGGAUGGGGAAGUCACCUAGAGCAAUCCCAUAAGAUUACCCGAAUCUGUGGCAUCACCCGAAAAGUGUAUAAUUCCAAGUUUAGGUGUACAAGGAGGAAUAAUGGAAAAGAAGGUUGUAAGAGAAUGAAUGCUAGUAGUCCGGCUGUGACGAAGGAAAUCAAGAAUGAACUGAGAACUACGAUAAAUGGUAAAAACAGUAACUCGGAUGUCUGUACCAUCUGUUCAUCAUGUGACAUCCAACCGUCCGAUACGCCACCACCAUGGAUAACCUGUCGAGUGCCGGAAGUGAACUGA